CCGUUUUCGAAAUGAUAUAUUUACUCAGUUACAAUUUCUGUGCUACUCCCAGUUGAUAGCCAGUCAUGUUUUCCUUAACGUUGUGUCUUGCUCUCGUUGUCCUCUGCUAUCCAGCAGGUGCUGCCUAUGGUCAUUAUCAUCCCAGACUUAUAGUGGACUCAAAUGAUAGAUCCGAUUCAGUGACCAUCUACCGAGCUGCAAAAAAUCUUUUGGAUAACUUGCAAAACCAUAAAGACGGAAACGAUAAUACUAAUGGUGAUUCCCAUAUUUUCUGGAAGUCGUCGAGAAAUAACAGGUUUCCAAAUUAUCUUAGGAAUGGCUUCUGGAAAAAAAGAGUACCGUCGCAAAGAAAGUCAAAAACUAUAGACGAUUUGUUACCCUGGCACCCUCUACCUCCACCACAGGGGAUUUUCAAGCCUCUUGGAGAACCAGUGCUAACAGAAGAGGUCCAGAAACUCUUGAAGGAUUUUAACACUGAAUUGGGAUACGCGAUUGGUAUUCUACUGCAGGCCGUUGCUAAUUCGGUGCCAAAAUAUAUUUUUAAAGGGGUCGUACCGGAGGAGCUUCUAAAACUUAUGCCUAAACCUAUCAUAGUGUAGAUAAAAAUAGAGUUAUUCGUAAUAGAAAUUCAUUAAAAUAAACUGUGCAUCAGAAA